UCGACAACAAUGGCUGCAUCAUCAUCGUUAACACUUGGUUUUCUGCUCCAUCUUCUUCUUCUCCUUCUUGUUUCAGCCACGGCUCAAGAAGACACCCAGUUUUCCUAUGAGGGAUUCGAUGACAAUGGGAAUCUGACUCUUCAAGAAGCUGCGCAAGUUACGACUGAACGUACGCUUCAGCUCACCAACAUGUCCCGCGAUAUUGUAGGCCGUGCUUUCCAUAACAGAAGCAUUCAGAUGCUUCACAAUUCAUCAGACCAGCGACAGAAAGCUUCUUCCUUUAGCGCAUACUUCGUUUUCUCCAUUGUCCCCUCAACCUCUGCUCCCGGCGGCUUCGGCCUUGCUUUCGUCCUAGCACCAUUCAAGGAUAUGUUUGAAGACGCUAGAGACGGCCACUAUCUUGGUAUUUAUAACGAUUCCAACUAUGCGAAUGGCAUAUUUGCUGUGGAAUUUGAUACGGUGAAUGGCUCUGGAGAAGGAGAGUCAGACUCAGAAGCGAACGAAGUUGGGAUCAAUAUUAAAGACACAACCUCAUUUGUCUCUGAACGAGCUGCUUACGUUGGGAACGAUUCUAAAAGGGUAAAUUUCAGUUUCGAGGAAGUUGAUGCUGUACAAGCUUGGAUAGAUUAUGAUGGUGACAACAAAAUUGUGAAUGUGACUGUAGCUCCGAUGUCAGUGCCAAGACCCUCCACACCACUUUUAUCAACGAAACCUGCCGAUUUUAACCUUACCGCCGUUAUAACCCAAGACAUGUACGCCGGUUUCUCAGCAUCAACAGGGGCAAGCAAAGCAAGCUCUCAUUACAUUCUGGGAUGGAGCUUUGCAGUCAAUGCCCCUGCUCGCAUGCUUGACUUUUCCAAGCUUCCACGCCCACCAUCAAAAGUCAAAGACCCUUCCUCUUUUCCUUGGGUAAACUUUGCCAUAGGAGUUUUGUCUUCUUUAACCUUGAUAUUAUUGCUUUCUUUGUGCUCUGUAACGUUGUACAAGAGGUACACCAAUUUUGAAACUCUCGAGGAUUGGGAGCUAGAUUGUCCUCACAGAUUCAGAUACAGAGAUCUCCGUACGGCAACAAAAGAUUUCAAGGAGAGUGAGCUAAUAGGAGUUGGAGGCUUUGGUUCUGUGUACAAAGGUGUCUUGCCUUCCACAGGAACUGAAGUUGCUGUGAAGAGGAUCAUGCGAGGGCCAAUCCAAGGAAUGAGGGAAUUUGCGGCAGAAAUUGAAAGCUUAGGAAGAUUAAGACACAAGAAUUUAGUCAAUCUUCAAGGAUGGUGCAAGCAAAAGAAUGAUCUCCUUCUAAUCUAUGACUAUAUCCCUAACGGAAGCCUUGACUCACUCCUCUUCAAGCAAAGCCUUCUCUUGAACUGGGAACAAAGGUUCAACAUCAUCAAAGGCGAAGCUAACGGGCUGUUAUAUCUUCAUGAAGAUUGGGAGCAGGUGGUGGUCCAUAGAGAUAUCAAAACCAGUAAUAUUCUCAUCGAUGGAGAUUUAAAUGCUCGUUUGGGCGAUUUUGGCCUCGCUAGGCUAUAUGAUCAUGGUGAAGCAUCACACACGACCAACGUGGUGGGGACAAUUGGGUAUAUCGCACCAGAAUUGACUCGCACGGGAAAGGCAUCCACAAGCUCUGAUGUUUAUGCUUAUGGAGUUGUGCUUCUUGAAGUUGUCAGCGGGAGGAAAGCCGUUGGGCCAGGACAAUUCUUUUUGGUGGAUUGGGUUGUGGAGAAUCACAAUAUGGGUCAGAUUCUUGAAGUGGUUGAUCCAAAGUUGGGAUCAGUUUAUGUUGAGGAAGAGGUGGAGUUGGUUCUGAAACUGGGUCUUCUCUGUGCUCAACAUAAUGCAGAUUCAAGGCCCACCACGAGGCAAGUGAUGAGGUACCUAAUUGAUGACCCUCUGCCUGAUAUGGGAGAUUGGAGAAGACAGACAGAUUCAGGUAGUGGAAGAAUGAGUCUGGGUUUCUUAGAAAUUGUAUCUACAAGUACUUCCUCAACUUCAUAUAACAUAACCUCUAAUAGUGGCAUGAAUAGCAGGCCUAUCCAAGCUGGUAGAUAGCAUGUAUGAAUAUAUAUACUGUUCAUACAAUUUUUUGCCUCCUUUCUUUUAACUUCCCCAUAAUUUGUUCUGUGGACUUGAGUUAUAGUAAUCCCAACUUCAAUUUUUUCGUCUCUCUAAA